GCUUGCGCAAAAAAGAAGAAGAAGUAGACAAAAAAGCGACGAAACGAAACAAGAAACAUAAAGAAGCAGAGUGGCAGCACCAAGCAGUGAAAACGCACGAAAAGUUUCCUAGUUUUUAUUUAGUGUUUAUUAUUUUUUUGUACUAUACUUGUGCUUGUUUGUGCGUUAAUUGCUGGCAAUUUUGUCGAAUAACGGUUAUUGGACAGCUGGCCGCGAGUGUAAACAGAAAGUGCUGCCCUCUCAUAUCGCCCCUCUCCCUCUCUGUCUCGCUCUCGCUCUCGCACAGUCUCGCAUCCAUUCGUAAUCUCAAGAAAUUGUUAUCAGAAUUUCAGACGUAUUCCCCAACCUUGGGUUAAUAAUACACAUAGUAUAUAGGUUAACAUAAUAAAAGCCGUGCUAAUUGGUAAUCUCUAUUGUACAACCGACAUGGCAGCGACGACAGCGCCAGCAGCGACGCCGGCAGCGACGUCGGCAGCGAGUGCAACGAAAAGUCCUGCGAAUCCGAAUCCAUUGUCCUGCGAAGAGGAAACCCUUCUCCGCGGAUUGAACAAACUCCGCACCGAAAACAAACUCACGGACGUCACUCUUAUCGUCGAGGAGCAUCGAUUCAAGGCGCACCGCGUUGUCCUGGCGGCCAGCAGCGAUUACUUUUGCGCCAUGUUCGCCGACUGUGCCAUGAUCGAGUCGCGCAAGGACGAGAUAAAUCUGUACGGGAUUACGGCCCGGGCAAUGGGCUCGAUCAUCGACUAUAUAUACACGUCGCUGUUGGAACUGAACUAUGAUAAUAUCGAGGAGAUCCUGGCGGCAGCCACUCACGUACAGGUGCGCGAGGUGAUCGAGCGAUGCACCCUGUUUCUGGGCACCAAGAUCGAGAUGGAGAAUUGCCUGGCCAUUGCGGGCAUGGCCGAUAUCUAUGGGAUUAUGGACUUAUCGGAGCGGGCACACCGCUAUAUAUGCGCCCACUUCGAGGAGUUUGCGACAACGUCGGACUUCAAGGAAAUGAAGGUGGACCAGCUGCGCUUCAUCCUCUCCAGCAACUAUCCCAUCGAUGUGGCCGAACAGGAGCUGGUGCGUCUGGUGUGCAGCUAUGCCCUGGAACAGCAGCUGGAGGAGAGCGUCCUGGGGGAUCUGCUCAGACUGAUCAACUGGCCACACAUCAGCUACAAGUCGCUGGACGAACUGAGACAUCUCAACUGCUCGCUGGACGAGGGCAAGCAACUGCAGCUGCCCACCACCUACUACAAUCGAAUAAAACAGGAGUGCAUGGGGCGAUUGCUCAACGGAGUGGCGGUGAGCCUGGAGGAUCAAUCCGCCGGUGCCCAGGGACCCAAGAACAUGCGCGGCAUGGAGCUGUGCCUGCUCAAGAUCGGCGGCUUCGAGUGGAAGGGACUGACCAAUGUGAUAAUGUGCUUCUCGCCAACGAAGAUGAGUUGGUACGAGUUGACCGCCAUACCGCACAUCGAUCAGUUCUACUCAUUCUCUUGCAUUCCAGGCAACUUUGGCACUGCCGUUCUCAACAAUAAACUCUUCAUCGUGGGCGGGGCCUACGAUGUCUGUCUGAAGGAGUACAUCCAUCCGUUUGGCUUCUGCUACUGCCCCCUGAGAAAUACGUGGAUGACCAUUGCCCCCAUUCAGUUGGAUCGCUGCCGUUUCUCCCUCAAUGCGGUGGGCAAACAGCAUCUGUAUGCGGUGGGCGGAAUUCUGGACGACGAUAACUCCGAGGAGGCGCUGCGCAUGAUCUCCAAUGUGGAGCGCUACGACAUUGCCCAGAAUGUGUGGACCUAUAUGCCCAGUCUGCAGGAGAAUCGUAGUCAGCAUGCCGGCGUCGUUGUGGGCGAUAAGCUGUACAUCUCUGGUGGCAUCCAUUUGGCCAACAUUUUGGCGAGCAUGUGGGUCUUCGACACGAAGGCGGAACACUGGCAGGAGCUGGCCCCGAUGCCCACGCCCUGCUGUGACCACGUCCUGGUGGCCGUCGACAAUCGGAUAUAUGCCUGCGGCGGAUGGCACGAGAGUCUGACGGAAUCGCGGGUUCUGGUGCAGCACAUCUAUGCCUACGACAUCGAGGGCAAUGCGUGGAGUGUGGAGACUCAGAUACCGGCGCCGAAAUUCUACUCCGGCGUGACUGCGAUGGGCCGAACCAUAUUCUUUGUGGGCGGACUCGACUCCACGGAGUCGAUCGAUCGGGCCAGUGCGGAGACUAUGGCCUACGAUCUGGAUAGCAAGGAGUGGUGGCGCGAAAAGGACUCGUGGGACUCGCCAAACGAUGUUUGGGAGUCCACAUGUGCGGCCAUCUAUGUGCCCAUGUGCGAUUUCUGAUGGACAAUGAUGAUAAACCCCAUCGAAUUUAGCGAUUCUCAUGAUAUUUAUAUAUAGUAUGUGUAGCUAGUAGCGUAGACAUACAUGCGAGAUUUUGUGAUGACUGCACAGUGACAGAAAAUGUACAUAUAUGCCUUCAUUUCGCCUUUGAAAGAUGUUGAAGAUUAAUGUUAUAUUAAAUUAUUUAAAUAACUUGUAAUUCAAUUUGUAUAGACCGCAUAUGCCUUCAGUUCGCUUUUGAAUGAUAACAAUUAGUUAAAUGUAACACUUGUAAGGCAACCUGUACUUAAAUUGUAUAGACUAAAAUAAGAAAGUUUGUCAUUAGCCCUAGCUUGUCCUUCGACGUCGAAACGACGUGGCAUUAUAACAUACAUCUUUGUUUUUUUCUCAACAUUUGACUUGACUAAUUACGUAGUCAAGUUAACCAACAAUCUUCAUUUAGCAAAUCAUUGUUAGUUUUAAUUUUUAAGAUUUCAUACUGCCUAAUUUAUUUAUUAUUUUAAAAUGACCUUAAUGUUGAAUCGACAGAAUUAAGAAGGACCUACUAGGGCAAAUAAUUGUGUAUAAAGAAUUUAUUCUUCUGUACUUUAGGUCUAUGGCAAUAAAUGAGAAAAUACAAUAAAUAA